ACCACUUGUUAGAAUCUAAGCCAAAUUAAUUAAUUAAAGACUUCUCAAUCAAAAGAAGUGAAUAUAAUAAAUUCAUUAAAUCAGAGAACUGAUUUAGACAACAUAUUUUCUAUUUUUAAUGGUAAUAGGUUUUAGGAGGAAGUCGCUAGGUCCUAACAUUGUAAUAAAUACAAAAUGAAAACAUGAACAUGGACUGAAUUUUUUAUUUAAUUCCAAAACUAAGCAAAACAUACAAAAGUCAAGAGAAGGGUAAAAUAUACAUUUAAAAUGUUAUUAGGAAUAGCAUUAUUUUUUAAUAUUUUUUUUUAGCACAGACUCAUUAUGAAGUAUGAACAGUAUGAAGUGUACAUGAAAAGCUGUAAUCUGUAGUAAGGACUCUUAAUGUCUCUCUGGCAGUGACAAGUUAGAGCUGUAAGGACCGCGGAGGAUUAUGGGUAAUGCUACAUUAAGGCAGGCAGGCAGGCGGUGAGUUAGAGAAAUGUAAAGGACUGAUUCGGGUGAAUUUGAGACGCGUUGUUUUGAAUGAUCUAGCUCGGAAACCUCAGCAGGGAUUAAUUCGGUGGUGUAUUUGUUUGAUUGUGCGCGCGAUGAGCGGAAGUGAGCUGUCUCUGCAGGCUCUGUCCUGGCGGAAGCUCUAUCUGAGCCGGGCGAAGCUGAAAGCCACGAGCCGCACUUCAGCUCUGCUGUCCGGCUUCGCCAUGGUCGCGAUGGUGGAGGUUCAGCUGGAUACUAGUCAUGAUUACCCCCCUGGUCUGUUGAUCGCAUUCAGUGCAUGCACCACAGUGUUGGUGGCGGUUCAUCUCUUUGCUCUGAUGAUCAGCACCUGCAUCUUGCCCAACAUCGAGGCCGUCAGCAAUGUACACAACCUGAACUCGGUGCGUGAGUCUCCACAUGAACGCAUGCAUCGCCACGUCGAGCUGGCCUGGGCCUUCUCAACCGUCAUCGGCACACUGCUCUUCCUUGCCGAGGUCGUCCUGCUCUGCUGGGUCAAGUUUUUACCCAUCAGGCCCAAGAAUCAGAAAAACGGCACGGUCUCAGCUGGGGUGGCCGCCGCCAUCACAUCCACCUCUAUCAUGGUGCCGUUUGGCCUCAUCUUUAUCGUCUUCGCUGUCCAUUUUUAUCGCUCGCUUGUCAGUCACAAAACCGACCGUCAGUUCCGGGAGCUAGAGGAGCUGGAGGAUCUGACACGGCUUCAGAACGAGCUGGACCAAAGAGGAGAAACGUCAGCGCUGCACUCUCCAGCCUCCCAAUAGAGGACGUCUUGACCAUCCUGAGUCUGCUUUUUAAACUGCUGUAUAUGUAUGUCUUUGUUUCUGCAUGUGGAUUUACAGGGAUUGAUGAAAUCUAAAAUGCAACUCUGGCUUCACCAGCUAUCGUUAGGGGGCAACAUCCUGAGCCUGUUUUUUUUUUUGUUUUGUUUUGUUUUUUUAAAAACAUAUAUGUAUGUGCUUGUUUUUGCAUUUUUAAAUUGAGGAGACUUGUUAUGAAAGGGGCAAAAGUCAGAAAAACACAAACCCAGUUUCUAAUACUGUGUCUGUUACUGCAUGUGAAUUAGGAGUGUGAUAGUAUAUCAGUGUGACAUUAUAUCACGAUGAAGACAUCAGCAUUAUGCUUUAACAAGAUCAUUAAUCUAUAGGCAAGUAACGCGAUGUACCGAAAUCCAUCAGCUUGACAUUUGUCAGAACAUCAGUUUUUCAUAUUUUUAUGAAAAUGCAUAGUCAGGGCUUUGGAGGUUAUCUGAUGUUCAUCAAACCACAGUUCCUUGAGUAUCUAGCAUGCAAGGUAACUAGUAGGACAACAAGAUAUGUGAAAAUACAUGUAGAUAUUUAAUUUCAGUCCACUUCCUUCUUACUUGAAGACAUUUCUCUGGGCUGUGAUCUUUUUUCGUUACUAUAACCCUGCAUUCACACUAGUGGAAAGCUGUCAAAAGUCAAAUGGCUGUAAAAGAAUCUUGUAGUAUUCACAACUGUGAAACAGUGUUUCUCAGUAUGCUGGAACCCAUAGAUUUGUGUGAGCAGUUGAUGUUAACCAGUGCAUGUGAGAGAAGGUUGGACUUAGGACAUUCCAGACACUUCAUUUUCCCCACUGUGAAACAUUAUGCGUCUUUUACUGAUCUCAGUCUGUACUGUAAGUAACACAUCAACAGCUUGGAACAGUGUAAAGUGUUGGUACAUGUGUCACUACUGAGUAAUUCACAGAAGUGUUUAUUCUGUGAAUCACACAGGGAUCCAUAAUGGCUUGUUGAGUGUUGCUAUGUAAACAUAUAACAAACAUCUAACUUCAGAAAAUAUCACACAACUGAUGAUGGUCCAGUGCACUAUUUAUCUGCAAAAACAUUAGUGACUAACAGUAAAUUUGAGUCAGCAACGCCCGAUAUUAACCUGCGUAUAACUAUUUGGGUGCCGUGAGUUGCCAUCGCUUGAACAAACAUUAGGCAGUCGUGGCCUAAUGGAUAGAGACUCAGACUUGCAACCCGAAGGUGAACCUGAAGGUUGUGGGUUCGAGUCUCAGGCCGGCAGGAGUUGGAGGUGGGGGGAGUGAAUGACCAGCACUCUCUUCCACCCUCAAUACCACGACUGAGUUGAGACCCUUGAGCAAGGCACCGAACCCCCAAACUGCUCCCCGGGCGCUGCAGCAAAAAAGGCUGCCCACUGCUCCGGGUGUGUGUUCACUACUGUGUGUGUGUGUGUGUUCACUACUGUGUGUGCACUUGGAUGGGUUAAAUGCAGAGCACAAAUUCCUAGUUCACUUCACUUCACUAACAUAAGGUUAAUCACAAGGCAAGCAGAGUAUAAAGUUGAAGGAUGUACAUCAUUUUUUGCUUUUCAUCUUUGGAAUUAAUCACGAAACCCAUUUUAUAAGUGAAAGAUAAAUUUAUUUUACUAACUGCUACCAUUUUUAAUACAAUAGCUCUUGUUGAAAUUCUUUUUACUGAUGCCCUCAGUAUUCUGUAAUUAUGAAUGUCAGUGCCAAAAUAUGACUGUUAGGCGUGUGCUGAUAUUAAAUUCCCAUAUAAUAAUAUCAUUAGUGGUUAUUAUGGCAAAAAUAUAUCAUGAUACAUGAUGAGUGUCAUAGUGUUUAGUUUUGAUAAAGUGCCAGCAGUUUCAUAAAAAACUAAAUUAUUAAAGAAAGAAAAUUGUACAAAAAUAGAUUUAAAGUACAAUCAGGAGUAAGGAACAGUGGAGUUGGUCAGUAUUAUAAAAGUGCUAAAAGUGUAUAUAUAAUAUAUAUAAUGACAUCAUAUCAUCAUUGCCCAGGCCUGUAUAGUAAAUCUUCAACCUUUUAUCAUGGUUUAUUAUAUUCUUUCAAUAUUGUAUUUUCUAAAAAAUGACUACAUUACAAAAACCUUAGUAGGAGUACUAGUGGUCUGCCUUUUUUUUGAGGUGAUUGCCUUCAAAUUUGUAUAAAAGGGGACUCUUAGACUUUAUCACAGCACAAAAUAUUUUAAAAUACGCAUUGCAUAUCAUGGUAUGUUGUAUACCUGAGUAACGGCACACGCCUGACUGUCAUUACUGCAGAAUCUCCGAACUGAGCCACAUUUUGGUGAAUGUUUACAUCUUUAUAAUAAUGUGCCAAAUACUUUUGAUUUACACCUCCAAUCUGUACUGAUUUCUAAUUCAGCUUAAUGAACCAAACUGUAAUUAUUUCCAUCACCUCUGUCUGAAGGUAUCUGGGCAUUUCAAUACUACUUAAAACACUUCCCCUGUCUUCUUCCCCUAAUUCCCUUGGCCAUCUUAAGGGUAGCAAGCCAGUUAAUUAGUAGGAUCUAUUUAGCACAGCUGACUAGCUACAUUUUUAUUGCUGCUUGACUAGAGUGUCGACUUGUCCUUAAUAAAAGUUUAAUUUACGAUAAAUUACAUUUUAUGAAUUAAAGAUCUAAAGGAUUUAAUUGUCUUAAAUGUUAGGUUACAAACAUUCCUCAUCUGGUGUCAGGUGGUGUUUUUAUCCUUUAUGCUGUUGUUAGGAUCUAUUUGAAAUUAAAGCUGUGUUGAAAACAGUAUAAGAACAUCAUGCACAAGAUGAACAUUUGUUGGUGAUGAGCAACUUCAAACUGACUGCUUUAACCACAUCUCAUUUUGGUGUGAAAACCAUUAACCAAGUGACGUGGCCUUGAAGUUUUGUGUUUUUUUUUUUUUUUGUUUUUUUUUUUGCUGAGCACACACAGUGUCUAAAUGGUUGACAAGAGCAGUGUUUCUAAUGAGUUUUGUAUGGUUGGAAGACCUUUAAAAUGUCUGAAUGAAAUAAAAUGAAAUAUACCAAAA